AUGGAUCAAUUUCUAGAAGAACUGCUUUUGAAAAAGAAUUCCUUCUUACAUCUGCAGAUAAACGAACGAAUUGAGCUUCUUGUGAGUGAUGUUGGUGAGGAAUUGGUGCUGGCCCAAAAAGUGCACUUGGUGAGACUUAAUCGCAUACAAGCUGAAGUGGUUCGUAUCCAGUUGCUCAUACAAGAAUUUGAGCCAAAUCCUAAGCUUUUGGAUAAAUAUCUAUCUGUAUAUAUAACUAAAUUGUCUAAUUUGUAUUUAGAAAUAAAGAAUCAAGCUAGUCUGAAGACUGAUUUCAGAAUUGAAGAUAUUAUAUACUCUCUAUCUAAAAUACGAGGGUUCAAGAAUAUUACAAAUUAUUUCUCAAGUGAAGUGUAUUUGUUCCCGAAGCUCUUAAAAUUGAAGGAAUCUUUUGAGUUACAUGAUAAUGAGCAAUUCUUGAUCUUGCUUUGGCUCUCCAAUCUAGUUUUGGUACCAUUUGAAUUAGAUAAAAUUCAAAACGGAUUGCUGGAAAGAUUGUAUGAUGUUGCUCUCCGCAGCUUAGGGAGCAAUUCAAAUGGCUCCAAGAUACAAGUUGUCUCACUGAUUUUGCUAUCCAGACUAGUGACAAGAGCAGAUCAGGGAAACUUAUUAGAUGGCUAUUUUUACAAGACGAUAAAGAUUACAUGGAAGUCGGAUCUGUCCGGUAGUGACAAACUCGGACACUUAAUUACUUUAAACAAGAUCAUGAAGCGAAGCUCCACAUUCGAUAAAUAUUUUGAAAUAGUCGAGGACAUUUUGGCUGCAGACUACGAUAUAUUGGCCGUGAAGGAUAAUAAAGCUAACUUUACCAAUAUGAAUAUCUUGUACAUAAUUAAGCUAUCAGAUAGAUUGUGUAGCAAGUACUAUUUAGAAAACAUGAAGUACGAAAUGGUUGCUAACACAAUAAAUAGCUUAUUCAGAAGAGUCUUGCUAGCACCCGUGCUACAGAAUAAGUUUGACGUAAAUCUUCGAUAUGCUUUUGCUAGAGCACUAAGUAAUAUCUGCUAUUCACUUGACAAGUAUGCUAUGAACUACCAGGAUCAAUUAGUGCAUUUCGUGCUUGAAGAAUUCGAUAUACCGAACUUGCAAAUGGCCAAAAUGUUAUUUCAGCACGAUUUAUUUAUCAGUCCUGACUAUAUAUCUAUAUCAAAGUACCACACGUUGCUUCUUACUAUGGGACAUCUCCUGUUGAGGAAAUGUUUACCGACCCGAUUCAUUCCUACAUUGUUGAGCAUUGUACACAAGACUUUGUUUUUCAGUCAAAGGAGGCUAACCGUAACAGUUGGUACUGCAAUAAGAGACUCCAGCUGCUUCAUAUUAUGGGCUAUUUGCAGAAGCGUACAGCUUGAAACUUUUGCCCAAAUUCUUGCUAAGUCGACAAUAGACACCAUUCUUCUCGAUAUCAUCAACGUCUGUAUUUUCGAUCAAGAUUUAGUAAUUAGGAGAUGUGGAAUUGCUGUUCUACAGGAAUACAUUGGUAGGUUCGGAAAUAGUAUAUUUGAUUUGGAAGAAAUUGAGGACAAAGGGAAGUUCAUUAUUAAUUUUAUUCAGUUAUUUGAUAAUCAUUCGAUAGGUUCAUCUAGUAGUUCGUACUCAAUAGUACCGAGAUUAGUAGAAAUGGGAUUUCACCCAUGUUUGUUCAUACCCACCUUAAUUUCCAAUAUUUGCGAUGCACAUAACACGUUUGAAAAUAAGAAAUUGAAUGCAUUUACUUUGGUAGGAUUAAUGUCAACUUCCGCUGGAAGUGUUGAUGAAUCUUUGCCUAUUGGCUUGCAACAAAUAAACCCUGAAAAAAGUUCGUUGCAUAGCGUUACUGCAGAAUUGACUUCACUGGUAUUGUAUGACGAAACUGGUCCAUUAUAUGCGUUGAGUAAGUUAAUCCAACUACAGGGCGAAAAUGAUUUGUCUUUUGUUUCCGAGCUAAAGAAUUACUUAGAAAGUAUUCACUUUGAUUCUAGUGAAAAGGGUGAAGAAUUUUUGAGCUUCAUGACUUCUCUUCGCCGACUUCAGAGUUUCCCAAUUCUGGAAAUAUUGGAAUUGAAGAUCAACGAAGUAGUUAAAAGCUCUCACAGCAUUGGAGUUACAAAACAAUGUCAGGAAUACUUCUCCUUAGCUCCCCAAGGAUUCCACGGAAUCGAUAACGUUAUUGCCUUGAUUAAGAAGAACAAUCUCAAUUCCGCUAACAGUGUGGGCUACUUCAGGUACAUCCCACCUGCAAUGGUAAACGAACUUAUAGAAAUAGUCAAAGAUACGAACUUGAUUCAAGUGGAAACUCGAGCAGCGGUACAAAGUAGCUUGAGUUACUACUACAAGAGUCAAAAUAAUAGAGACUUGGUAGAUUUGGAUUCGGUUUUACAGCUGUUGGAUGACUAUACGACAACCACACAGGGUGAUGUUGGAUCUAAACUAAGAAGUAGUACAAUUCUAUUAUUAGUGGAAAACUCUGACUUAUAUGAAGCUCAAUUCAUUGAAGAUGAAGUGAUCCCUCGUAUUAUUCGAAUAUCCUGUGAACCAUUGACUAAACUAAGACUUCAGUCGAGACAUUUACUAAAUAAGCUUCAAGAUUCUAAUGAGAUCAGUGAAAAGUUAGAUGUCGAAGAGUAUUAUAUCUUCAUCUUGAAGAACUACCAUACCACAAUUAGAAAGGAUUAUAAAGUAUCAUUUUGGUCUGGAUACGUUUUUAGUACUGGCGGUGCAUCUAAUAGAUCUACCAUCAAUGCUUCGGUAAAUGCAUUGAUGAAGUAUUUUCAAGAUUAUCCAUCAGAGGAAGCAGAGAUUCUAACAAUUCUACUUAAUUUAUUGGUCCCACCGGCUCAAGGCUGGAAACUAGCUUCUCCAAGACUAACCAAGAGAUAUCUGGCAACCUUGAAUUUAAUCUCAAUUCUUCUAGAAUCAAACAGUAUACAACUGCGAGAAAUAGACUUUCUUGAGAAGAUCUUUGUCCGGUCUUACAAUCUCCAUAUCAACACUGGUAAUAUGGAUAGGAUACUACAGGUAAUUAGUAUAUUCCAAAACCUUGGUAUACAAGGAACUCCUGUAUCUAGCAAGGCUACGAAGAGAUUAAGCUGGUUAGCCUGUAGACAUCCGGUUCCUCUAGUACGGUUAACAGCUGGUGAAUCUUUGUAUGAAAUUGCAACAGAUAAGCAGGACUUCUCUCUUUGCCAUGAGUUGGAAGGAAUACAGUGGGAGGAGGAACCAUCAAAGACUAAUCUUAAAUUAGAAGAGAUUUACAAAAGAUUUGGACUCGCAUCUUAG